AUGGGGCUGCGGGACUGGCUGGGCGCGCUGUGCUGCUGCUGCCGCUGCCCGGGGGAUGCUGCGCGGGCAGAGAAGGAGCCGCUGGUCAGUAAUAACCCUUAUGCCUCAUUUGGAGCCACCUUGGCGAGGGACGAGGAGAAGAACCUGUGGAGCACCCCUCACGACAUCUCCCACACUGAAGCCGAUGAUGACAGGAUACUGUAUAAUCUGAUUGUUGUCAGGAACCAGCUGGAGAAAGAUUCUGAGGAAUGGCAAAAACUGAACUACGACAUCUAUACCUUGCGGCAAAUCCGAAGGGAAGUGAGAAGCAGAUGGAAGCGUAUUUUGGAAGAAUUAGGGUUUCAGAAGGAAGCAGACUCCCUGUUAUCGGUGACUAAACUGAGCAUCGUCAGCGAUUCUCAGAACAUGAGCAAAGCCCGGGAGAUCCUGUUAAAGCUCUCUGAGGAGACAAACAUUUUCCCCAAAAGCUGGGAGCUCUGCGAGCGAUACCUCUUUGUGGUGGAUCGUCUUAUUGCACUGGACGCUGCCGAUGAAUUCUUUAAGAUGGCCAGCAUCGCCUAUCCAAAGAGACCCAGUGCAGCGAAAGUGGAAGACCAUCAGAAAGAAAUGCAGCACGUCCUUGCUCCAUUGCCCUAA